UAAAAAAAAAAAAAAUCCUUCCAUCCAAACGCCUCCCAUAAACCUCUCUCGACACCAAAAAAGCAAGCCUUGUCAUUUUCACACAAUCGUCUCUUUGGUUAAUCAUCGGAGAAUCACAAAAAUGGGAACCCUAGGACGAGCAAUUUACACUGUGGGUAACUGGAUUCGUGGAACUGGUCAAGCUCUUGAUCGCGUUGGUUCUCUUCUUCAAGGAAGCCACCGCAUCGAGGAACAUCUGUCGAGGCAUCGGACGUUGAUGAAUGUGUUUGAUAAAUCUCCAUUGGUUGAUAAAGAUGUGUUUGUUGCUCCGAGUGCUUCUGUUAUUGGUGAUGUUCAGAUCGGAAAAGGCUCCUCCAUUUGGUAUGGUUGUGUUCUUCGAGGUGAUGUGAAUAACAUUAGUGUUGGAUCCGGGACGAAUAUCCAAGACAAUACGCUUGUACAUGUUGCGAAAACCAACAUAAGUGGCAAGGUUCUACCUACACUAAUUGGGGACAAUGUAACAGUAGGUCAUAGUGCUGUCAUUCAUGGGUGUACUGUUGAGGAUGAGGCUUUUGUUGGCAUGGGAGCUACACUACUUGAUGGUGUUGUGGUUGAGAAACAUGCCAUGGUUGCUGCUGGUUCCCUUGUGAAACAGAACACGCGAAUCCCUUCUGGAGAGGUUUCUUUCUUUUCACCUUUUUCUUUUGUGGUUUACUGCUUACUGAGUUUGCACACUAUCUCCGUAUACAUCUCACAGUCAGCAAAGAACUACAUCAAUCUCGCACAGAUUCACGCCUCAGAGAAUUCAAAGUCAUUUGAUCAGAUUGAGGUUGAGAGAGCGCUCAGGAAGAAGUAUGCACGCAAGGACGAGGAUUACGAUUCAAUGCUUGGAAUUACCCGUGAAACCCCACCCGAGUUGAUUCUUCCCGACAAUGUCUUACCAGGUGGUAAACCCGUCGCCAAGGUUCCGAGUACUCAGUACUUCUAAUUCCAGUAUCAGGUUGUUUUUAUGUGUUGAAAUCAUUUCAAGACAGGAUUGAUUCUCUGGAAGGUCAAGAGAGAUAUUAUUUUGGUUUUCACUUUUCUUCCGAGCAAGCAGGAGAUUUAUCAUCCUUGCUCAAUAAUGUACCGUUGCAUUAUGAAGUCAUUUCUUCGAGGCACAAUUGCAGAAAGAGAAACAUAGUUGCAUUAAUCUUUCAUUC